AUGUUGGGAAUGCCUGAGAAUGCAAACUUUGGAAUGGUGGAUCCAACAACAGAUGGAUGUACACAGUACCAAAUUGACUGUUCUCCUCCUGGUAACACAAUUUGUUUUCCUACUGGUCUUAAAGCUAUUACACCAACAUCAACAUCUGUUUCGAUUGGAACAGACUUUCCGUCAAGUUCAACUGCAACAGUGACAUGCCAAAAAGAUAAUACAUGGUCAUCCGGAACCGCAACACAAAUUACUACCGUAUAUUGCGAUUUCACUCAAUGUUAG